UGCUUCUGUCGCGUUCUGCACCGGCCACGUUUGAAGUGUACACUCGGCCUUAAUUACAACUUCCGAAAAACUGUCAGAAUGUUGUACACAUCACUACCAUUCUGCUUCCUCCUCAUCGGUUGCGCGCUCUGUCUACCAGAGAGCGUGCCAUCUAGCGGGCAAGAUUCGCAAACUCUUGACACGUCAGACAAUGAACACACCGCUGCACUUGAGAAGAGAUCACCCCACUACGAUUUUGGACUCGGCAAGAGAGCUUAUAGCUACGUUUCGGAGUAUAAGAGACUGCCAGUGUAUAAUUUUGGAUUAGGAAAAAGGUCAAGGCCAUACUCCUUCGGGCUCGGCAAACGGUCAGUAUCUGAUGAUGAACAUACAAAUGGAAUCUCCAACGAUGUAGAUACAGCGGCAAUUGCGGAGUUUCUAAAUCAAUACGAUGACGAAUCUGGUUACGAUGAGAAGCGAGCGAGACCUUACAGCUUCGGUUUGGGUAAACGAUUCGCCGAUGACGAGACGUCGGAAGAAAAGCGGAGAAUGUACGAUUUCGGUCUCGGGAAACGCUUACCCAUGUACAAUUUCGGACUCGGGAAACGGGCGAGGAGCUACAAUUUCGGCCUGGGUAAACGACUGAGCAGCAAGUUCAAUUUCGGUUUGGGUAAACGCGAGAGGGACAUGCAUCGCUUCAGCUUCGGCUUGGGUAAACGAUCGACCGAAGACGCCUACACUGACGCUGAGAACUACUCGGAGAUUUAAGAUUUUGUUCAGAUUUUGCCGAUUCGUGUGGAACUAUAUUCAUUUUUGUAUUGUUUACAAGUUUCGUUUGAGUUGAAGGGGAUUUUUGAAUGUAUUUUUAUUAGUUUUAAAUAUUUUUAAGGCAUUUUUUUUUAUUUGGCGAUUACCCAUAUCAUUUUAUAUUUUUAUUCAUUUAACAUUUUUUUUCUUGUGAAAACCCCAGCCAUUUUCACAAGAAAAAUAUCCAACUAGAAACAAAUAGUUAUCUACUAUUUUUCUAAAAUAUUUCUUUACAAUGCAACUUGUGUUUUUCAAUUGUGAAAUGAAUAAAGUUCCGAAAAUAAAUUAAUAAAUGUACUUAAUUUAUUAACGCAAUGGACUGUACUUUCAUCUGAUUGUUUUUAAUACUUCGGGUUAAAAUUAACAAAACGGCGUUACCAUUUAAGCAGAGUAAAAAAUAUUUUUAUUAAAAAAAAUUAACACAUUUUGUCUAAAUUACAAUAUAAAAAAUCGCCAAUUGAAUAAUGUAUCUAAUAUUAUUCUGAUAACAUGUUGUUGUAACAUUUUUAUUUUGUAAAUUAUUGUUAAAAUUUAUAGUUAUUUACUUAAAUGUUAAUGAUAGCUAGUUAGACACUACUAAUUUAAUGUUCGUAUAAUAAACAAUAGAUAGAAUUGCCAAUUGUGUAUUGAUCCGGUUUUCUUGUUAAUUGUUUCCUUCAUUAAAAUAUUAGAUGAACAAAGUUUAUUUAAACUUAUUGUUUCUUUUUAAUUAAGAAACUACCCUGCUAGGGAUAAAGACGUGAUUAUAUGUAUGUAUGUAUGAACAAAGUUUAUUUUUUUAUUGGAAGCAAUCUUCGUUACAAGUUAUAGUUAGAACAAACCUUUCUACUUCAUAAUAUCUGUGACGCAGCGGUGUCUGUGACACCGGAGGUCCCGGGUUCGAAUCCCGGCCAGGGCAUGAUGAGAAACAAUUUUUUCUGAUUGGCCUGGGCCUCGUAUGUUUAUCUAUAUAAGUAUUUAUUAUAAAAUAUAGUAUCGUUGAGUUAGGAUCUCAUAACACAAGUCUCGAACUUACUUCGAGGCUUACUCAAUCUGGGUAAUUUGUCCCGUUUAUAUUUAUACAAAAACAAACAGCGCUUUGAGUUAUUAAAACAUUUUAUAUACUUACAGUAGUUAAUUGAAAUUAUAUUGUUUUAUUUCGAAACUAUCCUUUUAUUGUGAACUUAUUAUGAAUUUUUAGUCAUUUGUUUCAAUUUACCUUAUCAACAAAUACACAAUUUGCAACUCUGUUUGAAAAACUAAGGUAACAUAAGUUUCUUUAAGACUUAAAAUUUGUUGUUUUAAAUAUAACCGUACUAAAAAUA